AUGAUGGAAAAAAAGAUGGACCAAGACCCUAUUACAUCAGAUACAGAAGAGAGCUCCGCCACCAUAAACGUUCAUGCCAGUACUAUAUCCUCUUCUGUCUCAGAUCCUGCUACACAAAACGAUACUAACUUACCUGCUGAAAAGGCAACCAGUUCGGUAAAAGCUAUCACUGCAACCUUAAAUUCAAAUACCCCUUCGUUGUUGCCUGCCGCAUCUGUUCCUAAAGCUCAAACAUCUAGUCUGCCUUCCACCAACGAUCCGUCAAAAGAAACGGUAAAGGACCCAGGAAAAACUACCACCCCUUCUACAAGUCCCAAGACUAGUGAUAAUGUUUCUCCACUAUCUGGCACUUCUAAUCAAUCCAUCGUUCAUAAAGAAAGACCAAUUAGAGACAUUUCCAAUGCUUUGAAGAGAAGGCUAUCAUUUGCAUUGCAUAAGAUGCAAGAUGAUGAAUCUUUGAAUUCAAAUCCCAAUGCAAAUGCAUCCAGUUCCACCUCUGCAUCUACAGUUCUUCCUCAUGAGAUACCAACAUCUCCUUCCAACAGCCAUUUACAUGUCUUUCAAUCCCCACAAACUUCUCCAAAUUCUCCAUUGAGAAUAUUUUCUAAUGUUUCAAGUCCUCUUAUAAGUAAUAAAAACCAUCCUGGUCAUUUCUCAGGAUCAGUAUCAAGUGAUCAUCAUUUGGCUUCUCCAACUACUCAUAAUUUUCAACACCAUUCUCAAUUGACUCAUUCUCAAUCAAUACCGAUAUCACUGACUUUAAAUCAUUAUAGAAACCUAUAUCCAAAUUCCGUGAAUCAUCCGUCUUCAACUUCAAAAACUUAUAAUCGUCAAUAUAUUUCUGAUGAUGAAGAUUUGGAAAAUAAUUCUUCAGCACAUGCUGCAUUUAUAAAAGCUUUGGGGAAUAAAUUUAGUUCUUCCCCUAUUCAAUUUCAAAGACCAAUCUCCCCAAGAAAUAGUCUACUAAAACAUCAAGCGCCAUGCCAAUCUCAAUCUAAAUCUAAAUCAACUAAACUGCCCCCACUCAUUAAUACUCAAUCAAACGAAUCUCAAGAAACUCCUACCACUAAAUCAAGUUUAGAUUCAACCACUUCCACCACUUCUUCCAAAAAUUCUUCAAUCCAAUCUCCAAAACAUGAACAAGAUGCUGUAAGAACUUUAAUAUCGAUGGCUACAUCUUCAAACCCAUCAACACCGACAAAAACCACUUCUAAUGAUAGUUUAAAUACUUCGGCAACUUCAACUACAACCGUAUCUGCUAACACCAGCACACAAACUACGUCUGGCAAUAAGCCUUCAAACACUCCAAAAGUGAAUGAUAAUAAUGUGCCUGCAUCUAAUGAAAGUACAGAAUCUGAUGAAGAUCUUUAA